UCAGCUUCUCAAACCAGCAGCCGAAUAGAAGUACGCUGAAGCUGAACGGCUGCAAUGAAUCCCGUGUCUUCUCGGCAACUCCGCGCUUUAUUAGCUGCAUCUAACCAGUCGAAGGCCAACACAUUAUAAAUAAUAAUAAUAAAUAAAUAUCUAGAUUUAUCUUCCUCCUAAGAGCCCGUCGAGCUUCCACACGCUUUCUGUCAUCAACAAACAACUGAAGAUUCGAACCUUGUGAAAGUUAAAGGUUCUUCAAUCUCUCUUUCCAAACUUUUCUUUUCAGAUCGGAAAUACCAAGUGGAAUUGGAUCACUUGCACUGGGGCUUUUGCUGCUCAUAAUCAUUUGGUUUUAAAAUGACACAUGUAUAUGAUAAUGAAGCCAGCUCUUCUACUUCUAGUUCUCUGAGCAGUGAUAGAAAUGAUAUGGGGAGUGAUGGAAUCAUUGCAGCUGUUCUUUCAGAGGAGUAUGCUAAUUUAGACAACGCUGUUGCUAGGCGUCUUUCAAGUCUCUCUUCCAUUCCUCAUGUACCACGGACCAAUACAUUCAUUCCAAAUUUUAGUGAGGCCAGCCUAGAUCACCAGAGGCUUCUACAAAGGUUAACUGCUUAUGGUUUAUUUGAAGUGAAGAUCUCCGGUGAUGGCAAUUGUCAGUUUCGGGCAAUCUCUGACCAACUGUAUGGCUCUUCAGAAUACCACAAAAUUGUCCGAAAAGAAGUUGUGAAACAGCUAAAGGAGUUUCGUUCCAUUUAUGAAGGCUAUGUUCCCAUGAAGUACAAACAAUAUUGUAAGAAAAUGUCCAAGUCUGGUGAAUGGGGAGAUCAUGUUACCUUACAGGCGGCUGCUGAUAAGUUUGGGGCCAAAAUUUGUCUACUAACAUCAUUUAGGGAUACAUGUUUUGUUGAAAUUCUUCCACACAAUCAGGCUCCCCGAAGAGAGCUAUGGCUAAGCUUUUGGUCUGAAGUACAUUACAAUUCGCUUUAUGAACUCCAAGAUCUUAAAGUCAAUUACAAGCCAAAGAAGAAACAUUGGUUAUUUUAAAGGUGCGUCUGUAUUUAUUCAAGUUCUCGAGUAUACCUGCUUGCUGUACAUAUUUUUCAUUUUAAUGCACUUGUUUUUUGUAUUUUGAAACCUUGUAUAAUAUUUACAUCAAUUGAUAUUGAAUUUAUGAUA